AUGCUCCAAUACAACCCGUACCGUGGUGGCCGUGGAGGGUAUCCAGCCUCUGCUCCCGCAAUGCCGAUGACGCUCCCGCCUGGAUGGCAGGUCGCUUACACAGGAAAUGGUGAUAUGUACUAUAUUGAUCACAACACCCGCACCACCCACUGGCAGAUCCCUCCGGAGGUGAUGCAGCGUGGGGAGCGCACGAACGGCUACCGUGGUUCUCGCCCCCAUCGCGGUAUUGACCGCUCCAAGCUGAAGACGAAGAUGUGCAUGAACAUAGAGAGCGGGGGAAACUGCUCUUGGGGGGAGAACUGUGCCUUCGCGCACAGCUCCGAAGAGCUGUCGAUGCACCCCCACUACAAUAACCACCCUGCUGCUCCGGGAAGCAAAUGGACACCUACGAAAAGGUAUGAGGGAGUUUGCUAG